CACACACUGUUCCAAUAUAGUCCACGUCAUCUCUUUCCUUCCCCAAUAAGCUCGAAGCCACAUCCCUACGAAUCUUUUAUUGCGUCUACCGUUAAUACUUCUCCCCUUCACACAAACAAAGAUGGCGACAACCCUAUCGGUCCGGCCCAGCAGAGCUAUUUUGGGUGGCGACCCCUUUUGCCCGACCCGGACCAGACCUCGUCGGGUCGAUGCACCGGCCUUAAUUAAUAUACUCAAAUCCCACCGCUACACGUGGGGCCACCGGCACAUUUUAGCGACGGCGGUGCGUGCUGGGUCUCGAGCCGAUGACUCGGCGCCGUUUGAGAUGUCAGUGGAGAAUGCUCUCAAAGUGUUGGGCGUCUCUGAGGGAGCUUCGUUCGAUGAUAUUCUCCGAGCCAAGAAUUCAAUCCUUGCUACCUGUAAAGAUGACCAAGAAACGAUUGCGCAGGUAGAGGCUGCAUAUGAUAUGCUGCUCAUGCAGAGGUUAUCACAAAGAAGAGCAGGGAAAGUUGUAAGUAGCAGUAUCCGCUAUGCCGAUGCUAAACCUGUAAAUGCUCCGAGAAUGGGGUCAAUGCCCAAGUGGCUGCAGACUACUGGCAGAAGCUCACCUAUCUCAGUUGAAACACCAUCUACCACCGAGUUAGGUUUGCAAGCUGGGGUCUAUGGAGCUUUAAUGGUCUUAACAUAUUUUAAUGGAGCUUCAGCCCAAUAUUCUGGAGCUGACGUCCCGGGGCUGAUUUUAGCCACUAGUUUCGGAGCAUCCUUGUACUUCUUGACCAAGAAAAAGGUCAAGUUAGGUGAGGAAGACAGGUUCACUUGGAAGCCACACACUCAUUCUAUGGAGGCUUUAUUUCUUAGUUACAGACGGAAGGCGGCUGCCAUAACAAUAGGAGGCCUUGUGACUGGUGCUGUGGUGGGUUCGGCAGUUGAAAGUUGGUUGCAAGUUGACAUUGUCCCUUUUCUUGGCAUUCACACACCAGCUACGAUUGUGAGCGAAUUUGUACUCAUUUCUCAAUUUUUGAUCUCCUUGUACGUAAUAUAGGACAGGCAAAACCUUAUAAUUGCUUAAGCCUGGGAGGUCAAUUGUCUUUGCUCGGUUUUCCAGAUAUGCUUAUUUAGGAUGUGUAUUUCCUUGACUUGUACAAAGAUAAAGUUCAAGAACCUAAAUUAGUGAAUAUAUUUACUUUGAAAUGUUAUGUUGCGUGGAA